AUGGCCAAGGCGCUGCUCUCCUCCUCGCUCCUCCCCGCGCUGCCCCGCGCCGCCGGGGGCGGCCGGAGCAGGCCGCUGCUGCUCCCGCCGCUCCGGACGCGGCGCGGCCGGCGCGCCGCCUCCGCGUGCGCGGUGAGGGCGGGCCUGCACGGGCUCGACUCCGUCGGCGGGCCCCACCUCCAGGCCGCGCUGGAGCGCGCCGAGGCGGCGCUCUACACGCUCGCCGACGCCGCGGUCGCCGCGGUGGACGCCGCUGCGGGCGCGGGGGGCGACGCCGACCAGGCGGCUGCGGCGGUCCAGAAGAACGGCGGCUGGUUCGGCUUCAUCUCCGAGGCCCUCGAGGUCGUGCUCAAGGUGCUCAAGGAUGGUCUCUCUGCAGUCCAUGUGCCAUACGCCUACGGGUUUGCCAUCAUUCUGCUCACUAUCAUUGUUAAGGCGGUGACGUUGCCUCUAACCAAACAGCAGGUGGAAUCAACUCUGGCAAUGCAGAAUUUACAGCCGCAGAUUAAGGCAAUCCAGCAGAGAUAUGCAGGCAACCAGGAAAGGAUACAGCUAGAGACUGCUCGGUUAUAUAGGCAAGCUGGUGUCAACCCUUUAGCAGGAUGUUUUCCAACAUUGGCAACAAUACCUGUAUGGAUUGGUCUUUACCAGGCACUUUCAAAUGUAGCAAAUGAGGGGCUGUUCACAGAAGGAUUUUUCUGGAUUCCGUCACUGGGAGGUCCUACAACAAUUGCAGCUCGGCAAAGUGGUUCUGGAAUUUCGUGGCUCUUCCCAUUUGUGGAUGGUCAUCCUCCGCUAGGCUGGCAUGACACGAUAUGCUACCUUGUAUUGCCUGUGCUACUUGUUGCUUCUCAGUAUGUCUCUAUGGAGAUCAUGAAGCCACCUCAGAGUGAUGACCCAUCACAGAAGAACACACUGCUCAUUUUGAAAUUUCUUCCAUUUAUGAUUGGCUGGUUCUCUUUGUCAGUGCCAUCAGGAUUGUCUAUUUAUUGGCUUACAAACAAUGUCCUCAGCACAGCCCAGCAAGUGUGGUUACGGAAAAUGGGUGGAGCGAAGCCUGUAGUGAGUGAGGGAGGUAGUGGGAUAAUUACAGCAGGACGAGCAAAACGCUCUAAUGCUCAAUCAGCUGGAGAGAGGUUUAGGCAGCUAAAAGAAGAAGAGAACAGGAGAAAACUCAGCAAAGUACUUGCUGCAGGAGAUUCAAAUGCGUCGUCAUCAACAUAUGACAUGGAGGAUGAAGAGUUAGAUGAUGAGACCACAGAAGAGGGAGGGCCUGUGGAGGAAGCAUCGAGUACUGGCAGUGACAAGAAACUUCCAAGCUACUCAGGGAAGAAGGGCAAAAGAUCGAAGAGGAAGCGCAUGGUGCAGUAA